CUUUACAAAGUGAAGAAGUUUGUGUCUUGCAGCUAUGAUUUAUUCAAUGAUUAUCAUUCGUGAUUAAAUAUCGUAUUUCAAAGUACAAUUCUGUCAUAUUGCUAAGUGGGGAUUGAAUAUCCUAAAAGCUUGUUAUACUUGGUCACAUGAUUAGACAGUUUGUUUCUUCAUGUGAGCAAAGAGACGUUUUUGUCACUUUCAUUGGUAACAAGUCAAACGGUGACACUCUGGUUUCAUGUGAAAGAAGCGACGGGCAUGAACUGCAACAAGCUGCUGAGACCCUGCGGCUUUCUAUUCACAUCUCAAGUUUAGGUCUCUAAUUAUGUGAUGACCACAAAAGCAAACAUGACAGUUUGAGCAUGACCUACAACUCGCUAAACAUAUAUAAACUGGACUUGUGGGGGAUCCAGCUCAAACUGCAGGCAGCUGCAGCACAUAUAACGUCAACAUAAGUAGUUUCUGAGGGUGUAUGUGUCUUAAAAAGUGGAAGCUCCUGCAGCAGCACUUCCUCUCCAGGACAGUUUACACCAGCUCAUAUCUCUGUGAGGGUCUGAGGUUUAGGUAGACAGCAAUAAGUGGAGAGAGGUGUGUGUGUGUGUGUCGUUGUCUCUUCAGUACAGGAUAUUGAUCACUGCCGGCAGCAGCUGCUUCUUCACAGGGAUGGCAAAAUGGAAAUUUUACUUUGUUCUGAUUCUGCCACUGACUGCGUGGGUUGACAGCAAAGAGACGGUGGUGAAAACCAUCAGCAGAGAAUCAGAUUUCACUCCAAUAUGCACCAAUUCAAGUACCAUCAUACUUCUAGUGUGUAAGAUCAAAACAAAGAUGAGCAGAGGUGAAGAGUGUCGUCUGAUGUAUCAUCAUGCAGAAGACUUUGUGAACGAAUGUGACUCCAGAUUCACACUUCUGGCAGAGAAUCAGACUGUUUUACUCCACCUGGCCAAUUUAACACCAGCAGACAGCGGGAACUACACCUGUGAGUGUUCAUAUGUUGGUGGAGUUGAUUUUCUCCAUCUGGAUAUCCAUGUGAAAGAGGAUGAAGACAGAACAAAAGUGCCGCUUUCAAGCAUCCUGAUUGGUCCUACUAUAGUCAUCUUUAUAGCUGCAGUUAUCAUCGGUUUUAUCUACAGAGGAAUACAUCAGAGAAGCCAAACAGAAGCACUGAGCACUUGUCAAAACAUGGAGCUGGAGGACAUUGAGCCGUACAGCACUUUCACGCGGAGAGAGAGUGGGCUUUAUUCAACUGUCAGGGUAAAUGUCUGUAACACGUCUAAUAAUUCCAACGUGUUUACCACACAGGACACACUCGAGGGGAAAUGUUCAUGCUCCAUUUAUACUGUCUCCUCCAAGUGCGAUGGGACCUGUUAUCCACAAGAUGGCACUCUCUAGAUUCGUGAUCAUUUCUGUAUUUCACUGUAAGUGUAUCUUGCAUGUACAUUUAAUGUCCAAUACUGAGUAUGUUAAAAGCAUCACGCUGUUUUUAUAGUAUACUGUAAUAAUGAUCUGAACCAGCUUAUCAUUUUACAAAAAGCUUGAAAACUAAGUUGUUCUUUUCUUUUUAUGUAUAUCUUUACAAAAUAAUAUAGGUUUCUGAGGUGAUUUGCAUCUUUCACUCUCUUCCAAAACUACUGGACAAGCUCACCAGAUUGACAUCUUUACAACAUGAGGUAGAGGUGUGAGCUGCUACCACUUUUAUUCAAAGCAGUUGCCAAAAUCAACACAAAGUUCCUUGUAGUUGCUAAAUUAAGUUGUAAGAAAUUGUGACUGUGAAAGUCUUUCAUAAAUCAAUCAACAGUAUUACCCUCUUAUCCUCAUUUUUUAUAGAUGCAAAUCCACUGUGUGAUGUGGUUAUUUCUUUUGUUACAAAGAACAAAGAGGAUGUUUUCAUUUUUACUGUGCAAACACUUACGUAGAUAGGUUGCUAUUGUUUUUCUUUGUGGCGUUCCCCUGUUAGCAUUCCUGUUUAUUCACUGAGGAAGUAAGACUAGUCACAAGCAUGUGGUUGACAUUUUCUGCAUUUGUUUUCUUAAGUUGACAAUAAUCAGUGCCAGACAGGCAAGUGACAGCGCAGACUGUACAAGACUGUACUGGGGCAAGAGAACAGAUUCUCUCAGCACUGUUUGGGGAGAUUUAAGGGAAAUCGAUCAGCUGUCCUGUUUAAAAAGCCAAUUCAGCUUAAAUGGAUGACAUAUUAAGUGUAAUAAGCAAAAAAGGCAAUGCAGAAAAGCUUAAAUUAAGUGCAUUAAGCAUUUUCCCAGACACGUGGCGAUUACCAGCAAUAAGGAUUCAGUCAGCAACACUGGGACAUGUCGUGCUGAAGACCAAAAACUUCUUCUUUUGGAGUUUAAACUUCCUCAUUUUUUUAACUGUCUUAUUGUACUAUAUUUCAGUCAGAAAUAUUAUAUUGUUCUUUUUACUCCUCUACAUUUUUCUGACAGCUAGGCUAUCUUUGCUGGUUGCUUUUUACAUCACGGUUUUACACAUAUCUAAACUACACAAUGGUAUAUAAAGAAGUUAAAUUUCAUACCACCAAAAACAGCUACAGCAUUACAAUGCUGCUUAUGUUAUUUAAUAAUAAUGACGAGAUUAUAUGAUAUAUGUACUGCAAUAUGACAGGCAAUAUUUAGGGGUAACCUGCUGUCUUGUGAAUAUUUAUAUUCUGUUUUUGUUUCUUUUUGUUGCUGUUUCUUCUUAAUUAAAAAAAAACAAACAAAAAAAAACUUGAAAGGGAGGGUUUCGACUGUAUGCAGCUUUUACUCAAGUUAAAAAGCUGGAUCUGUCUUUACUGCUGAAAAAAUCUUAAU